AUGAAAGAGUUUGCUGGGCAAAGCAGCGCAGUAACGGAGCGAAUUCCUGAAGAAAACGAAGAAGAAGGUGAGAACAACGACGGACAGGAGCAAGAAGUCAAAGAGGUAUCCCCAAAUGAAAUUGAAUCGCUGCAAGCUGAACCAUCAACUUCGACCUCCAUCCAAAAUGUUUUGGAGGAACUUCCGGAGCAACAACGAGAACACAUUAGUGAUGUUCUUCGAAGAGCGGAAGAGUCUCGUCGAGCCGCCAGAGUCGUAGUUGAUGGCCGGCAUUUGUCGCGUUAUGGACGGAUUCGGAAGACGAAGCUUGAUCCGGAAAGACGAUUUAGUGUUGAGGAAAUUUCUGAGGACAGUAUGGAACGUGGCGAUCUCGUGCAAAUGGACUCCAUACCAGAAGAUACCACAGUUACGAUUAGUGCAACCGCUGUGACGUCUAAAGUGCCUUUAUUACGACAAUAUGGUGUGGAGAUGCCGCGAGAAACUACGGAGUGGUCUCAAACAAACUUAAAGAGCCGUAUAGAGAUGUUUGGAAAACGUCUAUCGAAAUGGUUUGACACAUUGGACUACGAUGGCGAUUUCAUGAAUAUUCAAUGGGUUUCUGAUUAUCACUCAUCAACUUAUGUUGGCCAAAAUAUUACAUUAUUUGCUGAAGUGCUCUCAACUGGUGUUAUUCUUAUUGCCUUAUUUGAGCUUUAUGAAAGCUCACUAGAACGCUCAUAUUCGCUUCACUCAUAUUGUGACAAUCUUAUUCGUACCAUUAUUGAAACGAUCUUUGCCGAAUUCGAACAAUUCGCGGCGGUGCAAGAUAUUCAGGAUAUUACCCCAAUUCAUGAGUUUUGCUCCCAACUUGUGUUACAUAUUUUUAACGAGAUUGACAUGGACGAUCUCAAAUGGAAUACAUUAGACGCUCUGGAAGUCCCAUGCGGAGACACCUUUCUAUCGAGGUCAUCCACAGCAUCACCGUUAUCUGCAUGUUAUGAGAUACUUCAUGAUGGUAGUGAUUCUACAGUUGCUGAUAGCAGCAUUUACUCUUCAUUCGAAUAUCCUUCUGAACCAGAAGCAGUGCCAGAAUACGCUGAUUCAUAUGAACCCUACUAUGAUGUUCCGGACCUUGCUGAUCUGCGAGUCAUUGUCACGCCUGCUGAGGUUAUCGAUUCCACGGAAGUCAAAUCGCCACCACAACUGGAACCUGUCUCGGCACUUGCUGAACCUCGCGAACCUUUCCAUGUAGUAGCAGAUAUUUCAUGGCUGGAAACAUUGGUCGCCACCGGUGUUGACGUCAAGGAAUCUGAGCGACCAGAAGUUCAACAGAAGGAAGCAGAACAAUAUGACUUUUGGAGUAGAGAUUUGGAAAGAAUUCAAGAAGGCAUUGAACAGAUUUCCAGAUACGAGCCUGAGCCGUUGGAUGAACUUUUGUCGUCUCCUGUUUCUCAAAAACUACCUUGGCAAACUGACGACUCUUCAUCUGUCACGGUCGGCUUUGCCAUCAACGAUGAUGUAUAUAACAAGGUGAUAUGUUUAUAA